AUGGACGCUUCACCUUCAGCCUUGCUCAAGCUUCUGCUUCCCAAAACACCGUUUCUAUUGAAGACAGCACUAUGGCACUCUCUAUCCAUGUCGCCGACGAGUUCAAAGUGGGAUCUGAAGACGGAAAUCACAGUGAACAUGCUCCGCGACAUGAUGGGCCCCAACUCAACACCAACGCCCAUCUCAAAGCUGCAGCGUCUAACCUGCAAAGACCCGGGCGUCAAAGGCAAAAUUUGGGUCAGCAAAGUCAAACUAGAUGUACCACAAGAAGACGACAUCCGACAAAUAAUGUUCAAAGCCAUCGACGACAUGAGCACCGGGGAAGAGCAAUGGACGAAGCCAGAGCAGCGCCCUCUAGAAGCAGAAUGGGACGGCUACCGCGCCUCCGCAAAAGACGACGAACCCGAACCCGCCGACAUGAGCGAAAAGGAUAAAUACGAGAACCUCAUGAAAGAAACGACGAGCAAGGUCACACUCCUUUAUUUCCACGGCGGCGCAAUGUACCUUCUCGACCCAGCGACAUCACGACCUCUAACGGGUCGCCUGGCGAAAGAAACAGGCGGUCGCGUUUUCUCAGUGCGAUACCGCCUCUCACCACAAGGCCCCUUCCCGUCCGCCUUGCUAGACUGUUUCACGGCGUACCUCUCCCUCCUGCACCCACCCCCAGGCUCCUUCCACGACCCCAUCCCCGCCAGCGAAAUCGUCUUCGGAGGCGACUCAGCAGGCGGGACAUGCUGCACGGCACUCCUCCAACUCCUCCUUCAAAUCCACCGCAGCACGCCCGCUGGCCAAACCCCUCGUGUCAAUUUCCACGGCAAGCAGGUGGAAAUCCCCUUACCGGCUGGUGUGGCAUUCGCGUCCCCUUGGCUCGACAUCACGCGUAGUCUACCUUCUAUCGAGGGCGCAGUAACAUACGACUACCUGCCCCCACCUAGCUCAACCGACGCAAGAGAAUUUCCCAAAGACGAGGGUGUAUGGCCGGCGGAUCCCCCACGCGCAGAUUUCUACGCCGAAGCAAGCGCGCUGAUGCAUCCCCUCGUUUCCCCGCUCAUCGCAAAAGACUGGAGCAAAAGCCCCCCGCUAUUCUUCUCCGUCGGCGAAGAAAUGCUACGCGAUGAAGAUGCCGUUAUGGCGCAACGGUGCGUCGCUCAGGGUGUGACGGUCGUGUGGCGCGACUUCGAAGCUAUGCCACAUUGCUUCGCGAUGUUGCUCGAGAGUGUUCCGAGUAGUGCUGUGCAUUUCAGCGAGUACGCUAAGUUCUGUAAAGAGGUUGUUGAAGGGAAGAAGAUGGAAAGUAAUGGCGUGUUUAUCAAGGCGAAGACGGUGGAGAGGAGUGAGAUGGAUGUUAAGACGGGGUUGACGCAGAUUCGGUUUGAGGAGGUGGAGGGGUUUAUGCAGAAGGGGAAGGAGAGGAUUGAGAGGAAGUUUGCGAAGGGGCUGGAUCCGGCGAGUGAGAGACCUAUGCUUUAG